CGAACCGUGUGUGAUCUGAAUAUCCUCCAGUUACACCUUGGAAAUGCUAAUAAAGCUACAUCUGAACCGUGUACAUGGAGCAGAUGCCAGGAUCGGGAGACAGAAGCACCUUUUUUACUCCUUGGGAGCACCCACUGGGCUAAGUGACAUCUGGCUGGGGUGCUACCAGAUCGUUGGGCCAAAGGCUCAACCCCCGCACAUCUACUUUUAAGGGUUGUGUGUACAAAGUGGUGUGUGUUAACUUCAGUAAACAGCUUAGCAGAAAAGGCAAAGCAGAGCUGUGCAACACUUGAUGUGCCACCUGUGGUUUGGGGGUAAUAGCCUAGUGCUGCCCUUAGCUGGUCAAAAUGCUCCUUCAAGGCAAACAACGGAGAAACGUCAUCUGGAGCUGUGUUGCCAGGAUUUGGCCCAGCUAAUGAACUGUUGAAGGGUUUGGGAAGAUAGAAUAAUUCUUCUAAGUAAUUUUUGCCCCAUGUUGCACAGUGUAGAAUAAAAUAAGGAGAUUCAGGAGGGUUAAACCAGCUAAAGGAAGGCAGCAAUCUCAUGGAGCUGCACAUCCUCUUUAAAUACCAUCUGUUGUCAACUUUCAGUCAUGGGCCUGUGCUGUGCCUUAGAUUGCAUCAGGUUUUUCCCAUAAUUUCUGAGAGGUCAGCUUUUGUAGAUUCACUUCUACAUGAAAAGUUCUUGAAAAGUGCAGUAGUCAGCAAUUUUACAGCAAAGCUGUAAAAAAAUUAUUUUUUUCCAACAAGAAUUAAUGUAAUUAAGGGGGAGUGGGAUGCGUGCUGGAGCUUAAGAAACACAAUUUAAAUCCACAGGGACAAUGGGUAUGUAAGAGGGUGAAGAGGCAGGAACAGGUUCAUUGCCUGGAUUUUGGAGCCUGUCUUUUUGCUGGCUGGAGAAGCUGGUCACUUUUUUAAAUAGAAAUCAAAAGGUGAAUGCUCACCGGUGUGAGAUUUGGGUCAUUAGAUGUCUCAACGAUGUGCAAUCAAAUCCCUCAAUGCACCAGUGACCUUGUCUGACCACUUCUGGGGCAGGUUGUCACGGGGGAAGAUCUCAGCUUCCUCCUCUACAAAACCAAACACCCCAUGCACAUCUCCCAGUGUGAGUGCUCUUGGUGCCUCUUUCCAAAUGACUGCAGUUUUGUUGCCAUGGCCAUCUUCCUCAGAUACCUGCCAUUUGUCAGUGGGGUUAAGGCAAUGCUUAGCAGAGCGGGGUAUGAGAUGAUCAGUCACAGAAGCCCUAACUGAUGUACAGAAGCAGUGGGGAUGAUGUGGCAGGGCUGUUGCAGUGGGAGAGGCUGCUCCCACCUCAGAAUAGCCAUGGACAUAGCCUAUGGGAGAGCCUCAGGGAUUAGCCUCCAGCAUAGCUCACAGGAUAGCCUAUGGGAUAGACUGCAAAAUAGCCUAGAAGAUAGCCUAGGGGCUGGGCUCCAGGGCAGUUUACAGGAUAGACUGUAAGACAGCCUAGAGGACAGCCCACAGGAUAGCCCUACAGUGGCAAGGACUCUCUCCUGGAGCAUUUCAAGUGCCUGCUCCAAACUGUUAGAGAGGAAAGAUUUGAAGCAGAGGCUUGCACCUCCCCGAAGAGUCGCCUUGCUGCUGGCUCUGAGGGCAUUAGGAGUACCACUGGCUUUGGUCUGAAAGGCCAGCCUGGCUCUAGCUCCCAGGCUGGCUCCAAGACCUGCUCAGCCCUGCCAGCUCUUACGAAUCCACUUCGCACAGCGAACAAGCCCUGCCCGUGUGUUGCAGGGGGCAGCUGAGGCUGCGCAUUGAGCCGUAGCCCGCAGGGCCACAUUGGCUUCCUCUGCAAGUCAGUUGCAUCUCUCUCAAGUUGCAGCAAGGCCCUGGGGGUGGGCAGGGAAGGCAGCACUAACGCUGCUGCUGCAACUCCAGCUGUCCCAGACUGCAGCGCAAAAGAGGCCAGGCAAUGUUUUUGCAGCUCCUCCAUCAGAAGCCUCAGAAAACACCAAGAACUAACACUCACAGGACGAGCUGUUUCCAGCCACUGCAUGCUUGCAGCCCAUCAGCCAGCCUCUCCCCCGUGAAGGCAGAGGAGCCGCUGCCUCCAAAGCUCUCUCCCCUCCAUGACCAGCAUCACCCUUCUCCGCCACUGCUCCAGCUCCUCACAGGCGCAGGCACUGCAGCACAGCACAGACACAAAGCAGAUGGCAUUUGGCAUCCGCUCAGGGAAUCGACUGUCGAAUGCUCGUCUCCCUCCUGGUUUUUGGCUGUGACUUCCCACGGGAGAUGCCUUUGCCAGGACACUUCACAUUCCCUUAAAUAACAAAUUCCUUCACUCCAGGUGUGGCACGGGUGGUGCUGGGUGAGAGUGUGGGCUUUACACUUUCUUCGUGCUUCUGGAGCUUACAGGGUGAAAAAAGCUACUGCUUUUUCUUUCCAUCCUUGUAAUGAUAAGAGGAGGGAUGCGGCAAUUAAGCUGCUGAGUUUGGGCUGAGACAGCUGGAGCCCUGGCCAGCUCAGAGCACAGCUGGGAGCCUGUCACACGACCCACAGGGUGCAGGUAGCUCACCAAAACGGUCGGCACUAAUUAAUAACUACGGUCCUAUUUCAGCAUAAAAACGAAUGACAUCUCUCACCACCCUGAUGAAGGAGGGUUUUUUCCCCCCUCCCUAGCCCCCCCGGGGGAUAAGUGCCACUUGGUCUGGUGCAUACCAGGAGCUGGUCAGCCCCAGGGUCAGAGCUGCAAUGUGGAUGCCCAGCAGCUCUCAGCCCUAAAGCCGAGAGGGGUUGUUGCUAUGGGAAUUGAGAGGGCACUUGCAGACAGCAUCUGGAGCCUGUGUCUUUCCCUGUCUGAGGCAGCUGGAUUUGGAGGGAAGCAAAACUAAAAGGAGGUGGCAGAGAGAGACAGAGGCACAGCAAAAUGCAUGCAUGUUAGAGGAGGGACCUUCCCAGAAUGAGAGUACAGUGGGAUACAGAAGAGCGGGGACACCAAACUGGCAGGCAGCGGUGGCUCAGCUUGGUAGGAUAAACCUUAUUUUCUGCUCUGUUUGACACUGGAAAAAAGUCUAGUGAAAGCCCAACUGUAGCAAGAUGGGAUCUGCCUCUUCAACUUACCGGCCCAAGUGUAUUUAUUUGGAUAUUGAUGGAAGAAUUCAAAAGGUGAUCUUCAGCAAAUACUGCAACUCCAAAGAUAUUAUGGACCUCUUCUGCAUUGCAACAGGGUUACCAAGGAACACAACAAUCUCCCUUUUGACAGCAGACAAUUGUAUGGUAUCCAUUGACCCGACAAUGCCUGCAAACUCAGAGAGGUCGCCAUACAAAGUGAUACCUGUUGCCACUGGGCAACUCUCAGAGAAAGAAGAAUUGUUCCAGAAUUUAUUGGGACAGAUUGCUGAGCAGUUCUCAAGGGUUUUUAAAAUCAAUGAGCUGAAAACGGAAGUAGCUAAUCACUUGGCAAUGCUGGAGAAAAAGGUUGAAUUGGAAGGCCUGAAAGUCGUGGAGAUUGAGAAAUGCAAGAGCGACAUUAAAAAGAUGAGGGAGGAAAUGGCAGCAAGAAGCAGCAGGACUAACUGUUCCUGCAAGUACAGCUUUUUGGAUGAAAACAAGAGGCCGACUCCCCGGCGAGAUGUACCAUCCUACCCAAAGUACAUGCUGUCCCAGGAGACCAUUGAAGCACUUCGGAAGCCAACCUUUGAUGUCUGGCUGUGGGAGCCCAACGAAAUGCUGAGCUGUUUGGAACAUAUGUACCAUGAUCUUGGAUUGGUAAAAGACUUCAAUAUCAAUCCUAUCACGCUAAAAAGGUGGUUGCUGUGUAUUCACGACAAUUACAGAAACAACCCCUUUCAUAAUUUCCGGCACUGCUUCUGCGUGACCCAGAUGAUGUACAGCAUGAUCUCACUCUGCAGACUCCAGGAGAAAUUUUCCCAAAUUGACAUCUUGAUUCUCAUGACUGCAGCAGUAUGCCAUGACUUGGACCAUCCGGGCUAUAACAAUACCUAUCAGAUAAAUGCACGAACCGAGCUUGCGGUACGCUACAAUGACAUUUCCCCACUGGAGAACCACCACUGUGCUGUGGCUUUCCAGAUCAUUUCCCAGCCAGAAUACAACAUUUUCUCCAACGUCGACCAGGACCAAUUCAAGCAGAUAAGACAGGGGAUAAUUACAUUAAUCCUGGCUACAGAUAUGGCAAGACAUGCAGAAAUACUGGACUCUUUCAAGGAAAAAAUGGAAAAUUUUGAUUACUCAAAUGAAGAACACAUGACCUGUCUGAAGAUGGUACUGAUAAAAUGCUGUGACAUCUCCAACGAAGUCCGCCCAAUGGAAGUGGCAGAGCCCUGGGUAGAUUGCUUACUAGAGGAAUAUUUUAUGCAGAGUGACAGAGAAAAAUCUGAGGGGCUUCCAGUGGCACCGUUCAUGGACCGUGAUAAAGUGACCAAGCCAACAGCACAGAUUGGCUUCCUGAAGUUUAUUCUCAUCCCCAUGUUCGAAACAGUAACAAAGCUAUUCCCAGAGGUGGAGGAGGUGAUGCUCCAACCCCUUUGGGAAUCCAGGGAUCACUACGAGGAAUUAAAACAGAUAGAUGAUGCUAUGAAAGAGUUGCAGAAAAAGAAAAGUGAAAGUUUGACCACGAGCAGUACUGAAAAGUGAGACGAAAAAGUCUUUGAACAAAACGUAAGCCCUAAGGUUAUUCUGUUUUUGAGAAAUGCUGUAUUUGCCAAACAGAUGUGGUGGCUACAUCAAAAUCCAACUGGGACCAUGUACAUGGAAAUGUGGCAGGUACGGAUGCCCUGCCUGCCUCUCUGCCUGCCUGGGCACCUUGUCUGCAGCCUAAAGCCUGCUCACACAGAUGCUGCCACCGUUGGGCACCAUGGGCUCCCCAUGCUCUGGCAUGCCCACCACAGCCCCUCUAGCAGGGCUUCCCCUGCAGACAUUGCACUGGUUGCAGCAUGGCUCAAAUCUUCAAAUUUGCCUUUUGGUGACCACACUGACUGCAGUCUGUAGAGGCAAAGUGGAGUUUUGCUAAGGAGCCUUUUCUGGAAAAUGAUCCACUGGCAUCCAAAAACAAAAUAAAAGAGUUGUUUUAGUCAAGAUACUAUAUAUAUGUGUGUGUACAGCAGUAUGCUAAUUACAGCAUAGUUUAACAGAUGCUUAUAUCCUGACAAGGGCCCUGGCAUAUAUUUUUGUUUGCUUAGUAGGCCCUAAUGACACAUUUCGCUGUGUUAUUCUCUGAAUUUUAUAGUGUUCACAGUACCUUCAGAGGUCCACAUAGUGGAUGCAAUUUUAUUUUUUUUCUACACUAGAAGAAAUCAUAAGAAACUUUAGUGAGUUUGCAGGUUUGCUUUGUGGCCUGGUACAGCUAGAUGUCACAGGAUCCUUCAGCACAAGCAAAGAAGGGAGCACAAAGCUGAAACCACUGUACAAACAUUUUUUAUCCUUGUGGAGGCAAAAAGCAACAACAAGAAAAAUCUUCAAAGAUGUACAGAUUUUUUUUUUUUACUUUUAAACUGAUCUGCUAAAUAAUAUAUUCUUCUACAGAAUAAGGUGUUGCACUUGUUUUCUUUUGCGUCUGUGUUCGCGUGAGAACUGUCUCUGUUCCUAAAGACAAAUGUUUGCAUAAUGAAUACAAGGUAAGGGGCUGUAAAGGAGUGGGG